GAGGGGGGGAGAGAAAGGAAGAGUGCGAGAGGUGGAAGAAGAGAAAGAAAGAGAGAGAGGGGGGGUUGAGAGGAUAAGAGUGGAAGACGAAGAGUCUAGGUGUCAGAUUGUGCGUGGCAGAAGAGUAUAAAGGAAGAAGAGAGGAAGAGAUUCGAAUUUUUUUCUUUAAACAGAGCGCACGCUCAUAAAAGAAGAAAAGAGAAAGAAGAAGCUUGUGGUAGCUGCGUAUCGUGAGAACGCGAAAGCAAGCCGUGCACGGAUUCUUCUUAGCGCGUAUCGCGCAUCUCCCGGAGGCGGCGCGAAAUUAUGAAGCGUAUAAAGUGCGUCCUACUGGCCGCCGCAGCUGCCGUUUGUGAUUGUGAUAGUCGCCGGUGAAUGUGUGACCCGGGGGCAGCAGAGAUCCGCCGGGAUGACGACCGAAGGGACGACCGUGCAGCCCCCGGUGACGGUAGAAGGCUGCCUCAAGGAGCGGAAAUGGUGGUGCUUCCUGCUGUCAAGCAUCUUCACCUUCCUCGCCGGGCUACUGAUCGUGCUCCUCUGGCGUGCGUUCGCCUUCCUCUGCUGUCGCAAGGAGCCCGAGCUCUCCCCAAAUGACCCGAAGCAAAAGGAGCAGAAGUCGGCCCGCCAGGGCAAGGAGUUCGAGGGGACUUUUAUGACCGAGGCCAAGGACUGGGCCGGCGAGCUGAUUUCCGGACAAACCACCACUGGACGUAUCCUGGUGGUGUUAGUUUUCAUUCUCAGUAUAGCAUCGCUUAUAAUAUACUUCAUCGAUGCCUCCAGCGAAGUGGUGGAGCGUUGCCAGAAGUGGAGCAACAACAUUACUCAGCAGAUAGACUUAGCUUUCAAUAUAUUUUUUAUGGUCUACUUUUUUAUACGCUUUAUCGCCGCCAGUGACAAGCUGUGGUUCAUGUUGGAGAUGUAUUCGUUCGUGGACUACUUUACGAUACCACCGUCCUUCGUGUCGAUAUAUCUCGAUCGGACGUGGAUCGGACUGAGGUUCCUCCGAGCCCUACGACUGAUGACGGUCCCUGAUAUCCUCCAGUACCUUAACAUUCUAAAGACAUCGAGCUCUAUUCGUCUUGCCCAACUCGUCUCCAUCUUCAUUUCGGUCUGGUUAACUGCUGCUGGCAUCAUUCAUUUGCUUGAAAACUCAGGGGACCCUUUCGACUUCUCGAACCCACAACAGCUUUCGUACUGGACCUGUGUGUACUUUCUGAUCGUGACGAUGUCCACGGUAGGAUAUGGCGACGUUUACUGCCAGACGGUCCUUGGCCGCACAUUCCUAGUAUUUUUUCUACUCGUCGGUUUGGCAAUUUUUGCUAGUAGCAUACCCGAGAUAAUAGAGCUCGUAGGCAGUAGGUCCAAGUACAGCGGCGAAUACAAGCGGGAGCAUGGAAAGAGACAUAUUGUCGUGUGCGGCCACAUCACCUACGAAUCGGUCUCGCACUUCCUCAAGGAUUUCCUACAUGAGGAUCGCGAGGACGUCGACGUAGAAGUUGUCUUCUUGCAUAGGAAAGAACCGGAUCUCGAAUUGGAGGGUCUCCUGAAGAGGCAUUACACGACCGUGGAGUUUUUUCAGGGCACCAUGAUGAAUGCCGUGGAUCUGGAGCGCGUCAAGGUACAUGAGGCGGACGCGUGUUUAGUACUGGCGAACAAGUACUGCCAGGACCCGGACGCGGAAGACGCAGCGAACAUCAUGCGCGUUAUCUCCAUCAAGAAUUAUUCAGAUGACAUUCGCGUUAUCAUUCAAUUAAUGCAGUAUCACAACAAGGCCUACUUAUUAAACAUUCCAUCGUGGGACUGGAAACAGGGUGACGACGUCAUAUGUCUGGCCGAAUUGAAACUAGGUUUCAUCGCGCAGUCCUGCCUCGCGCCUGGAUUCAGCACAAUGAUGGCGAAUCUCUUCGCGAUGCGAUCCUUCAAGACGUCGCCCGAUAUGCAGGAUUGGCAGAAUGACUACCUGCGUGGAACUGGAAUGGAGAUGUACACCGAGACACUGAGCCCUACCUUCAUUGGAAUGCCCUUUGCGAAAGCCACUGAGUUGUGCUUCACAAAACUGAAGCUCUUGCUACUGGCUAUCGAGAUAAAGGGCGAAGGAGGCUCCGACAGUAAAAUUUCGAUUAACCCACGUGGUGCCAAGAUCGCUGCAAAUACUCAGGGAUUCUUCAUUGCUCAAUCUGCUGACGAAGUAAAGCGGGCGUGGUUCUAUUGCAAAGCAUGCCACGAGGAUAUUAAAGACGAGACUCUAAUCAAGAAGUGCAAGUGCAAAAAUUUGGGGCAGCAGCAGCGCUCCUGGGGCCGGGACUUAGUGGCCACAUUCCGGAAAGGCGUGCGAGCUGUUCAGAUGGUUGGAAGAGCAAGUGAAGACCUCUCGUACGCAAACGACCACCAUCCUCCCCCCACAUUCACUCCGCCAGAACUGCCCAAGAUGGUUCACGUAAGAGGUGAAAUCAGCCGUGAACGAGACGAUCCGAAUGCUAUGAGAAAUCAUCGGAACUCCAUUGGGAUGACCAUGAUAAAUUCGACGAAGCAGGUCAACAAGGUGAAGCCAAACGUAAAUCGAGCGACGAACGACAGUCUGUCCAGCCCGAAUCAGCCGUAUAAUCAGAGAUCGCAAGAGGAGUCCGCAUACGCUGGCUACCAUCUCGCCUACGAAGUCAAAAAGCUCAUGCCAACGAGUAGAGCCUCGGGUGGCACAAACGUUAACAACAACGGCGGUCUUCAGGUCGGGAUCGCUGACGAUCAAGCGAAAGAUUUCGAUUUCGAGAAGACCGAGAUGAAGUACGACUCGACGGGGAUGUUCCAUUGGAGUCCCUCCCGUAAUCUCGAAGACUGCAUACUGGAUCGUAAUCAGGCAGCGAUGACAGUUCUUAACGGACAUGUUGUCGUCUGCCUGUUCGCCGAUCCCGACUCGCCCCUCAUCGGACUGAGGAAUCUUGUCAUGCCAUUACGAGCUUCCAAUUUUCAUUACCACGAGCUUAAACACGUAGUGAUAGUUGGAUCGGUGGACUACAUACGCCGCGAGUGGAAAAUGCUGCAAAAUCUACCGAAGAUAUCGGUUCUAAAUGGUUCACCAUUAAGUAGAGCCGAUUUACGUGCCGUUAAUGUGAAUUUAUGCGACAUGUGUUGCAUCCUGUCGGCUAAAGUGCCUAGCAAUGAUGACCCCACCCUCGCCGACAAGGAGGCCAUACUCGCAUCCCUCAAUAUCAAGGCCAUGACUUUCGAUGACACAAUUGGUGUGCUUAGCCAAGUUGGCAGCCCGAUCGUCUUGCAACGACGAGGAUCUGUUUAUGGAGCAAAUGUGCCAAUGAUCACAGAGCUUGUAAAUGACAGCAAUGUGCAAUUCCUUGACCAGGACGACGACGAUGACCCGGACACAGAACUCUACCUCACUCAACCGUUCGCUUGUGGUACUGCCUUUGCAGUCAGUGUAUUGGAUUCUCUUAUGUCGACGACAUAUUUCAACCAAAAUGCGCUAACUCUGAUUCGGUCACUGAUCACCGGUGGAGCUACGCCCGAGUUGGAAUUGAUCCUGGCUGAAGGGGCAGGCUUAAGGGGAGGGUACAGUACGGCAGAUAGUCUGGCUAAUAGGGAUCGGUGUCGUGUUGGUCAGAUCGCGUUGUACGACGGGCCAUUGGCUCAAUAUGGCGAGGGAGGCAAGUACGGUGACCUCUUUGUCGCAGCAUUAAAGUCGUACGGAAUGCUGUGCAUUGGUCUGUACAGGUACAGGUUUCGAGACACUAGCUCGUCGUGCGACGCCUCUUCCAAACGAUACGUGAUCACAAAUCCACCCGAUGACUUUACAUUAUUACCCACGGAUCAGGUUUUCGUACUGAUGCAGUUCGAUCCGGGUCUUGAAUACAGGCCGAGCAGAGGUGCCCGAGGCAAAGACGACUCCUCCUGAUUGUUGCUGUGUAGCGCCCUCACCGAUGGACCAUAUUCUUACAUCUAAUCAUGCAUUAGAAACCAUCGUGCAGUCCGUCGUCCCUACAACUGUCCUGUCUUCGUCAACGAACGCUACUAUCUCAUGAUAUCGCGCAUUAUCAACGAGUUUAUCGCGAGUUAUUGUUCACAAGGCGGAUUGCAACCAUGUCCAUUUCUUCGAUUGACCGAUACAUACAGCGACAGUGCAUAGCAAACGUAACACUUAUUCGCCAAAUUAAUCACUAAAAAGUCUUAUCUCGUUCGCCCCGCAUGGAAAUCGUUUUCAUCGAGUCGUCGAAUAUCCCGAGAGUGAUGGUCGAUCGCCAGAACGGGGACUCAGAAAGAAAGCCUAAUGAACAAGUUAUCAAAGAAAUGCGAGAAGAAUGAAGAGGAUAUGCGAGAAGAGGAGGACAAUGGAAGGGGCAACGGAAAAUGGCAUGAUGCUAUGCGGUCCGAGGGUAGCUACACAUCUCUCUUUCUUUAUUCGAAUAAAUCAUCUUCGCUUGAAGACGAUGCUAUAAGGACUGAAUUAGACAUUUCGUAAAACAUUGUGUUAUUAAGUCUCCUACUGAUCCUUUGUGGGGAAGGAGGAAAGUGAACGCGGGAAAGGACACAUAGCUUAAAGUUCUAGCACGUGACUUAGCCUCAACGAGCGCUGUGGAAUUGCAAUAUCCUGCGCGGUGGAACGGAAAAACAAUCUCCGUCACAGUAAAAUCUCCGGUUUCUUUAUUCUCCGGCACAUGUUAAUGUAUAUAAUACGUAACCCAGAGAACACCGUCGUUCAACGUGCUGUGAGAGGGCGACGAGACGACGGGAAGAGGCGGAGAAGUGCAGCGAACUGGACACGUUCGUCGAUGUUCCCUCAUCGAGAGACUCUUCUCAUCCCGAUCUCGCGUCGGACUCUCGUGGACGGUACCGGACUACACGCAACCUUUACCUCGUGUGUCUUGUUUUACGACUAAUGAAACCGAAAAAGAAUCUCAAUCAAG